AUGGUCGAGUUGGCCAAACUGCAAUCCCAGCAGCCAGAACCAGUGGCACAAGCAGUAACUAUACCUCUGAAGGACCAUCUCGGCGAAGAACAGAUCAUCGUGCUUCAAGCUGGCCCGAGUCAGUUUGGAAGAAAUUUGAAAGGCGAUGAAAAAGUAACAGCGGAAGCUGUCAUUGUUCAUCCCUUUAAGGGCUGUGUGGAUCUGUGGGUACCCGAAGUGGUCAAGGAUAAAAUAGCCAUCAUGGAGAGGGGAGAUUGCAUGUUCAUUGACAAAGUUAGAAAGGUAACUCGACUCAUAUUUUCAUUAUUGUACUGGGUGUUACAAAGUGUCAGGAAAACUGAAGGGCAGAUUCAGUAUGACAAAAUAUCAAAAAAGUUAAUGUGA